CGCCCGUCCGCCUCCCCCCCCCCCCCCCGGCGCGGCCCCCCGGCCCGCGGGUUACAUAACGGGCCCCGCGGAGGGCUCUCGCGAGGUUUCCACCGCCCCCUCCUCGCUCCACGUCAGAGGGAACCGGGCGGAGCGGCCAACAUGGCGGAGCGCAGGCGACACAAGAAGCGGAUCCAGGAAGUUGGUGAGCCAUCUAAAGAAGAGAAGGCUGUAGCCAAAUAUCUUCGAUUCAACUGUCCAACAAAGUCUACCAAUAUGAUGGGCCAUCGGGUUGACUAUUUUAUUGCUUCAAAAGCAGUGGAUUGCCUUUUGGAUUCAAAGUGGGCAAAGGCCAAGAAAGGAGAGGAAGCUUUAUUUACAACAAGGGAGUCUGUGGUUGACUACUGCAACAGGCUUUUAAAGAAACAGUUUUUUCACCGAGCACUAAAAGUAAUGAAAAUGAAGUAUGAUAAAGACAUUAAAAAGGAAAAAGAAAAAGGAAAAGCUGAAAGUGGAAAAGAAGAAGAUAAAAAGAGCAAGAAAGAAAAUCUAAAGGAUGAAAAAACCAAAAAGGAAAAAGAGAAAAAAAAAGAUGGUGAAAAGGAAGAAUCCAAAAAGGAGGAAGCUCCAGGAACUCCCAAAAAGAAGGAAACUAAGAAAAAAUUCAAGCUUGAGCCACAUGAUGAUCAAGUUUUUCUGGAUGGAAAUGAGGUAUUUGUGUGGAUCUAUGACCCAGUUCACUUUAAAACCUUUGUCAUGGGAUUAAUUCUCGUGAUUGCAGUGAUAGCAGCCACCCUCUUCCCUCUUUGGCCAGCAGAAAUGAGAGUGGGUGUUUAUUACCUCAGUGUGGGUGCAGGCUGUUUUGUAGCCAGCAUUCUUCUCCUUGCUAUUGCUCGUUGCAUUCUGUUUCUCAUCAUUUGGCUCAUAACUGGAGGAAGGCACCACUUUUGGUUCUUGCCAAAUCUGACUGCUGAUGUGGGCUUCAUUGACUCCUUCAGGCCUCUGUACACACAUGAAUAUAAAGGACCAAAAGCAGACUUAAAGAAAGAUGAAAAGUCUGAAACCAAAAAGCAGCAGAAGUCUGACAGUGAGGAAAAGUCAGACAGUGAGAAAAAGGAAGAUGAGGAGGGAAAAGUAGGACCAGGAAAUCAUGGAACAGAAGGCUCAGGUGGAGAACGGCAUUCUGACACAGACAGUGACAGGAGGGAAGAUGACCGAUCCCAACACAGUAGUGGAAAUGGGAAUGAUUUUGAAAUGAUCACAAAAGAGGAAUUGGAACAACAAACAGAUGGUGAUUGUGAAGAGGAGGAAGAAGAUGACAAUGAUGGAGAAACAACUAAAUCUUUACAUGAAAAAUCAUAAUCUGCCUAAUUUGGGGACUAAAAAAGUGCAAGAGGUUGGAUUUCUAUGUUGGCUGAUCAUCAUAAUGCAUACCUGACAUUUGUAGCAUUCUUUAAGUCCACUUACUGAAAUGUAUUUGACAUCCAGGGACUAUUCAGUCCUUCAUUUCAUAGAAUACUAUUAUUGGUACAGUCAGAAGCCAUUUAUAAGUUUUAUCUAUUUGAUAAUUUUACAGUACAUAGGUCUCAUUAAUUUUGAUAGUUGUCAAAGGUGCACUUUCCACAAUGACAUUGAGAUUAAUGGCAUUUUUGAUAGUUGUAUGGCUUUUUACUGUUAGACUAAUCAAAAUAAUUAAAUGGGUAAAAAGAAACAACAAAAUUUCAGAUUAUGUGCAGUUAUGUAGCCAUUUCACAGUUUCUUUGAGAUGAAAUGCUUAAACUCACUGUUUUUGACAGUUAACUUUUGUUGAUUAUAAAAUUAUAUCAGGAAAUUUCUAAGAUUCUAAGUUAACAGGGUUCAAAAGCAUUCUGUGGAAACAAGCCAACUAGUAUACUGAAACAGCACUUAUAGUUUAGCUACAAAUUCUCCUUUUCCAGCUUAAGAAAUCCAAACUGGUUUGUACAUCGGAUUCAGAGAGGGGUGGUCAUCUCCAACAGAGAAAGCAAGCGCGUUGAGUGGGAGGGGAUGACUCUUCUUCCCAUUUCCUUGUCGUAAAGUAAAUGUAUUCUGUAUAUAAUUUACAAAUAAACAUUUUAUUUUAAUUGUUACUUAUUAUUUAGACAUUUUCCUAACACUUAAAUUUGUAAAAUUAAGACCAUUUAAGGGUAUGUUUUUAGAGAAAUGGAAGUUCCAAUAACCCACAGAACAUCUGUGAUCUUUCUACAGCAGCUUCAAGUUUUGUGCCAACAUUCCAUGUAUUUGAAUGAGUUAAAACGAUCCUUAUUAAAUAAGAACAGACUUAAAUUAGCUGUUUGUACGCCUUAAUGUUCAGUUUGAUUUAUCUUAAAUCUCUACAUUCUGAAGUAGGUACUGUAUUAUCAGACCUGGAGGCACUGCUAUGAAAGAUAAUUCACUGUUCUAAAAUAUCAAUUUAAAAUAAAGAGCAUACAAGAAAACAUGAGAAAA